CUGCUUAGAAAUACCGGCCUGAUUCUGUGUGUGUGGAAAAAUAUUGCCUGAAAGCGAUCUGUACCGUGAGGUGCAGAGUUCGCUGUGGAUGGGGGGGCUCUGAAGAACAGGUGUUAAACCUUGCUGAAGACUUGCAAGGACACAUCACGCCCACCGCUGCUGGCUGAGGUGGUGGCUGAAGCACGUGCCUCUGCACCCCCAUCAGUGGUGAAACAGGCCCUGCGGUCACUGAUUGCUAAUUGCAAGCAGAAGGGGGGGAUCUGAACUUUUCAAGGUGAAGAAAGGCUCUGAGAAUCCGAGUUGGAAGGCCGUUCCACGGACCCUGCAAGUGGUUGCAGCUUCUUCCCAGCCGACGUGGCACCCACAGGAAGGCCCACGGGAGCUCUGGCCGUCACCGCGGCGCUCCGGACCUGCAGCCGAAGCCCAUCUCUUUCUUUCUGAGCCAUGAGCAUCUUUCCAGUGUGCUGCUGCUGAAGGAGCUGUUCCUCAGACCUGGGGCGAGGUGCAGAGACCUGCUUAAGACCGGAGCUGGAAAGCGUGGGAAAAAUGUCCAAGACUGAGGCAGUUGCUGUGUCGAGUCACCGUGAGCUGAGAAAGAACCAAGAGAAACUGAGGGAGGAACCGGAGAGGUGGCUGGAGAGGAACGGGGCCAAGGUCGUCUGAACCUGAAGAAGAGCUGGCACCCCCAGACCCUGCGCAAUGUGGAGAAGGUGUGGAAAGCCGAGCAGAAACAUGAGGCCGAGCGGAAAAAGAUCGAAGAGCUGCAGCGGGAGCUGCAGGAGGAGCGAGCACGAGAGGAGAUGCAGCGAUACGCAGAGGACAUGGGCACUGUAAGGAAAAGAGAAGAGAAGUUGGAGUGGAUGUACCAGGGUCCUGGAGGCAUGGUGAACAGAGAGGAAUAUCUUAUGGGUCGCCCUGUGGACAAAUACAUCUUUGAGAAGACAGAAGACAAGGAUGCAGGCUGUUCCAAUGAGACAGGGCUUCUCCCAGGCUCCAUUUUUGCCAAGACAGGUGCCAAUUCUGUCCUAGACAUGGCAAACAAAAUCCGGGAGGAUCCGCUGUUCAUGAUAAGAAAAAAGGAGGAGGAAAAGAAGAGAGAAGUUCUGAAUAAUCCUGUUAAAAUGAAGAAAAUCAAAGAAUUGCUGCAAAACAGUUUAGAUAAAAAGGAGAAAAAGAAGAAGAAAGAGAAGAAGAAGAAGCACAAGAAACAUCGACAUCGCAGCUCUAGCAGUGAAAGUGACAGCAGUGAUGAGGAGCGAGGCAAAAAUAAGUCUCAGAAGAGGAUGAACAGUUCCUCCUGGAAAUCUGCUCCUUUCAAAGUCUCAGGAUAUGGCUUACAAGUUAGAGACCCUGACCAGAGCCACAGGUCUCGGAGCUCUCCAGCUGCCGGCCAGGAGAGGGCCCCCCACAAGCACCGGGAUCGCUCCAGGUCCAGGAGCCGGUCCCACUCCCCUCAGAGACGCUCUAGCAAGAGGAACUUGGAACAGUCGGGGUGCAGGGGGUCACGAUCUCCUUCCAGACACAGUAAACAACAUUGCAAUCGGGAGGAGAAGGGCAGAACUAGGAGCCCUUCCCCUAAAAAGAGCUAUCGCAGACAGCAUACUCCGGGUUACACGAGAAAGAUCUCCCCAGAGGAACUAGAGCGUAGACGACAGGAAAUGAUGGAAAACGCCAAGUGGCGGGAAGAGGAGAGAGCAAACAACCUCAGGAAACACCGAAAGGAGGAGGAGCUGGAGCGAGAACUGGAGAAACUCGACUCCCGAGAUGGGAAGUUUUUCAAUCGCUUAAAACUAGAGAGUGCAUCUACUUCCACCCUAGAAGACCGGGUGAAACGCAAUAUCCACUCCCUUCAGAGAACCCCCGCUGCCUUGGAAAAAAACUUUAUGCAGAGAUGAAACUUGUUCUUCCUCUGCUCCUGUGCACAAGUUAAAUGGACACUUAUUCCCAAAGGUGAGAGCCCCCCAGCACAGACUCACUGCUCGCUGCAGGAACGGUUGCUGUCUCCCAAAGAGGCGCUGAAUUUCAGUCCUGCAGCGUGUUCUGGACUCCGGGCGUUGUGAAUGCAUUUGUAAUGAGUACAACCUUGCAAGAAAACCUUUGUUGGCGAACUCGUGAGCCUUUGUAUUCUAUUUUUUAAAGUAUUGCCAGAUCUUUUCCUUCUCUCUCCACCUUGACUGGUAUUUUUGUAUAUUGUUAUUACCAAAUUAUACCCGGUGGUAACUGCUUUCUACGUUGGGCAGAUUGUCCGAGCUCUUUAUAGGACAGAGCAAAAGACCUAUUUUUGUUAGUCCUUAAAAAUCGUAACAGAACAAAUUCACAUGUGAGUUAAUUUCGUAAAGCUACGUGAGUAACAACGCAAAAUCCUGUUCGAUGCUGUCACCGUUUCAGGUUUGGGUUUGGUCUGAAAAAUACCUGUCGCUGUUAUUUGAUAGCUCACAGGUUUGAAUGAUGUUUGACCCAAAGGAAGCUGCUUUGAAGGGAAAGGAAAUGAGCAGAGCUUGAUACAGCAAAUAUUUCUCUGGGAUUUUGUAAUGUAAGUCAUGUGUAUAUGUACAGCAGUGGAGUUGGGUAUUUUUAAAAAAAAAAAAAAUA